CCCCAGCCGCAGCCUCCCCGCCGCGCGCCCCCCAGGCGGGGCUCGGGGCGCCGCGGCGGAGCCCCGGUCUCCGUUCGCCUUCCUCCCGGAGCCCCCGGGGCUUCCUUCCCCCGCCGGCCGCAUUGUUCGUGCCGGGCGGGACGCGGGGCCGCCGGGCGGACAGACCCCAGGACGACGGCCGCUGCGUCCUCCCCCUGCCCCUGCGCCCGGCUGGGGUUUGGUUCUCAGCGUCUGCAAGGCGAGAAAAAGCAGAAAAAGGAGAAAACCCCCCCCAAAACCCCACCCCGGAUCGCUCCGGCCCCGCCAUGCGAGCCUCGAGCCCCGCUCCGCCGCCGCGCUGCUAACGCCGGGGGAGCCCCCGGGGGCUGCGGGAGCGCGGAUGCUGCUGCGGGGGGCUGCGGUGCGAGCGGCCGCCCCUGGUGCCCGCUGCUGCCUGCCUCUGCCCCCCUACAACGCCCCACGCCCCAUGGACUGAGCUUUGGGGUUUUUCCCCCCCCCCCCCCCCUUUUUUUUUUUUUUGGCCUGGGGGAGAGGGUAGGAGGAAAAGCGAGGCGCUGCGCGGCUCGCCUGCUGCUGGAUCCGCUCCUAGGGCGAGCCUUUUUGGGGGAGAAAACAUGACGUCGCCAGCCAAAUUCAAAAAGGAUAAGGAGAUCAUAGCUGAGUACGACACCCAAGUCAAAGAGAUCCGUGCCCAAUUGGUUGAGCAGCUGAAAUGCCUCGACCAACAGUGUGAGCUUCGGGUCCAGUUACUGCAGGACUUGCAGGAUUUCUUCCGCAAGAAGGCAGAGAUUGAGAUGGAUUACUCAAGGAAUUUGGAGAAGUUGGCUGAGAGAUUCCUGGCUAAAACUAGGAGCACCAAAGACCAGCAAUUCAAGAAGGACCAGAACGUGCUAUCACCAGUGAACUGCUGGAACCUCCUGUUAAAUCAAGUGAAGCGGGAGAGCAGGGACCACACGACCCUGAGCGAUAUCUAUCUCAACAACAUCAUCCCGCGCUUUGUCCAGGUCAGCGAGGAUUCUGGGCGCCUCUUCAAGAAGAGUAAGGAAGUGGGAUUGCAGCUCCAGGAAGACUUGAUGAAGGUCCUGAAUGAACUCUACACGGUUAUGAAAACCUACCAUAUGUACAACGCUGACAGCAUCAGUGCCCAGAGCAAACUGAAAGAGGCAGAGAAGCAGGAAGAAAAGCAGAUUGGGAAGUCAGUGAAACAAGAGGACAAGCAGACGCCACGCUCCCCUGACUCAACUUCCAACGUCAAGUUUGAAGAAAAACACGUUCGACGAAGUUCUGUCAAGAAAAUAGAGAAAAUGAAGGAGAAGCGCCAAGCGAAAUACACAGAAAAUAGACUGAAGGCUAUUAAGGCAAGAAACGAGUAUCUGCUUGCUCUGGAAGCCACCAAUGCGUCUGUAUUCAAGUAUUACAUUCACGACCUGUCUGAUCUCAUUGAUCAGUGUUGUGACCUGGGGUACCACGCUAGCCUCAACAGAGCUCUCAGGACGUUCUUGUCUGCUGAGUUAAACCUGGAGCAGUCAAAGCACGAGGGUCUGGAUGCCAUCGAAAAUGCCGUUGAGAACCUGGAUGCCAACAGUGAUAAGCAGCGCCUGAUGGAGAUGUACAACAAUGUCUUCUGUCCGCCCAUGAAGUUCGAGUUUCAGCCGCAUAUGGGUGAUAUGGAGUCCCAGCUGUGUGCCCAACAGCCAGUGCAGAGCGAGUUAGUGCAAAGGUGCCAGCAGCUGCAGUCCAGGUUAUCUACACUAAAGAUUGAAAAUGAAGAGGUUAAGAAGACCAUGGAAGCUACACUCCAGACAAUCCAGGAUAUAGUCACAAUAGAGGACUUUGAUGUCUCAGACUGCUUUCAGUACAGCAACUCUAUGGAAUCUGUUAAAUCCACAGUCUCAGAAACGUUCAUGAGCAAACCAAGCAUUGCCAAGAGACGGGCCAACCAGCAAGAGACAGAGCAGUUCUAUUUCACAAAAAUGAAAGAAUAUCUGGAGGGCAGGAACCUGAUAACAAAGCUCCAGGCCAAGCACGACCUUCUUCAGAAGACCCUGGGAGAAAGUCAAAGGACCGACUGCUCCCUUGCCAGCGGCAGACGCAGCUCCACGAUAAGGAAGCAGGAUUCCACGCAAGCCAUUCCCCUGGUCGUGGAGAGCUGCAUACGAUUCAUUAGUAGACACGGUUUGCAGCAUGAAGGAAUAUUCAGAGUGUCUGGGUCACAAGUCGAAGUGAACGACAUUAAAAAUGCAUUUGAGAGAGGUGAAGAUCCGUUGGCUGGGGACCAGAAUGACCAUGACAUGGAUUCGAUAGCAGGGGUUCUGAAGCUCUAUUUCCGAGGGUUGGAGCACCCUCUCUUCCCCAAGGAUAUCUUCCAUGAUCUGAUUGCAUGUGUCACAAUGGAUAAUUUGCAAGAGAGAGCGCUCCACAUCCGCAAGGUGCUUCUGAACCUGCCUAAGACCACUCUGAUCAUAAUGAGAUACCUCUUCGCAUUCCUCAAUCAUUUAUCUCAGUUCAGUGAAGAGAAUAUGAUGGAUCCCUACAAUUUAGCCAUCUGCUUUGGGCCAACACUGAUGUCUGUGCCUGAAGGUCAUGAUCAAGUCUCUUGCCAAGCUCAUGUCAAUGAACUAAUCAAAACCAUCAUCAUCCAACAUGAGAACAUCUUCCCAGGACCAAGGGAGCUGGAGGGUCCAGUCUAUAGCAGAAGUGGAAACACUGAGGAUUAUUGUGAAAGUCCUCAUGGAGAGAGAGCCUCGACAGAAGACUCAGUUCAGGACGUCACGGCUGAGCACCACACCAGUGAUGAUGAGUGUGAGCCCAUAGAAGCAAUAGCGAAGUUCGACUACAUUGGCAGGACUGCACGAGAGCUGUCCUUUAAAAAAGGAGCUUCUCUCUUACUCUAUCAGCGGGCCUCAGAUGACUGGUGGGAGGGACGCCACAAUGGAAUUGACGGCCUUAUUCCUCAUCAGUAUAUCGUCGUUCAAGACACUGAGGAUGGUAUCUCUGAACGAUCCAGUCCGAAGUCUGAAAUAGAAAUAAAUUCUGAGCCACCGGAAGAAAAAGUGACUGCUAGAGCUGGUGCCAGUUGCCCAAGUGGGGGUCACGUCGCAGAUAUUUACCUUGCAAACAUCAACAAGCAAAGAAAGAAACCAGAGUCAGGCAGCAUCAGAAGAGCCUUCCGUCAAAGUGACAGCCACGGACUAGGUAGCUCAAUGGCAGAACCAGCCUCCCCAGGAGCCAUAGCCGGUUCCAGACCCUCAUCUCAGCCCAUAAUGAGCCAAAGUCUUCCCAAGGAGGUUCCAGACAAAUGCUCCAUCAGUGGCCACGGCAGCCUCAAUUCUAUCAGCCGACACUCAUCUCUGAAGAACAGGAUAGACAGCCCGCAGAUCCGGAAAACUGUGACAGCAGGGAGGUCAAAGAGCUUCAACAACCACCGGCCCAUGGACCCUGAAGUGAUUGCACAGGACAUUGAAGCUACGAUGAACUCUGCUCUGAACGAGCUGCGGGAGCUGGAGAGGCAAAGCAGCGUCAAGCACGCGCCAGAUGUCGUCCUCGACACCCUGGAGCCUUUGAAAACCUCUCCAGUGGUGGCCCCCACCUCCGAACCUUCCAGCCCUCUGCACACUCAGAUCCUCAAGGACACUGAACCAGCUUUCCAGCGCAGCGCUAGCACCGCCGGCGACAUACCCUGCACCUUCAGGCCAGUGAAGUCGGUCAAAAUGGCCACCCAGGUGAAACCUCCAGCGACUCGGCCUAAGCCUACAGUUUUCCCCAAAUCAAACGCCACAAGCCCUGGCGUUGCCUCCUCUGCAUCUCAGCAGCCUACUGACAAGUCCUGUACUGUCUGACAAACUUGAUGCUGCACUGUGGAUAUAGCUGUAUUGUUUCAGAUGAAAAGACUCUGCUAAAGACAUCGCAAUUCCUAUUUAACUAAUUUUUGAACUUCAGCUGAAGGUUAGUUGUGAACUGCUACUUACUGCUGGGAGCUCUUCCUGGGAGUGAAUUAAGUGGUAACAACCUCGUCCCAUGUACCCGCAUCAGUGAUGUUUGUAAGGCAAAACGCUUCGUGCCACGCUUAGGAAAUCCACUAUCGGGUCACUGUGAAGCUGAGGAGGAAAACACAAAAUAGUGAUGAGUUGGAUCUUGGUUUCUUGUUGAUGCCUUGUUCAAAGUGUUUGGCCACUGAAAGAAAUAUUUGGUGGCAUCCUGUUCUGAAUACUGGUGUAGUGACUUAUAUAUUCUGUGUUUCAUUUAUCACAGGGAAACAAUAGGAUAGAUUUUAGUCUAUUGCAUGUUUUGGUGCCACUAGUUACGUGGAGCUUGGACAUGCCUGUUUCUUGUGCAUUAUUAUUACGUCGCCCGCUGGUGCCACUGUGGUUAAGGGUCUGUCUCAACUUCCAUUACAUCCUUGGGUUUUGUUUGUUUGCUGCCCCGUUCCUCCCUGCUGGGCCAAAGCUCUUGGCUGUCCAGCCUCAUCCUUUAGACGACACUUGUCAUGAAAAAUAGUUUACUCUGGAACGCUCUUAGAUUUUGUGGAGUUAUAUGUAAUAUGUGUCUGUGCAAAUAUAAACAAAUAUGUUCCUGAGGUUUAGGAGCAUAAGAGAGAGCCCAGUGGUUGCUUAUGGACAAUCUAGCUGUUUUCCCCCUUUUUGCUCUCCCAUAUUUAAAAACAGCUUUAUUGUUUUCCAGUGUAAUUUUCGGCCCGUAGGCUAUGAUGUGGUGUGUGGUCUCAGGAGACUGAAUGUAAAAACAAGUUAACUUCUGAAAUCUAGCAUACUCUCAUGGGAGUUCAUUUACUAACGCACACGUUCUUGUUUUGAUCAUAUAUCAAGAUGGAUCCUUACCAAAAUCCCAAUUACAAGCACUGUAAAACUUCAAUCAGAAGUUCUCAAGCUUUGUAUCUUCUCCCUGUUUCUGGCUGUAAAUGCUCGGGUCAGUGGCUGUGACCGCUGUGAACUGCUUUAGGGGUCUCUGCUCUUAUAGAGUGGUGUAAGAAACGCUGCUUGGGACGGUGACGUGACAGCAUGCAGCUUCUGGAGUGGCUUCCCUGCGUGUUCUUUGGUAGAUGGCAUGCCUUCGUAGGACUCUGCAGACAUGUGAAUGAUUCUUGGUGUAUGUAUUUAUAUGGUAGACAGCAAAUGCUUCAGCCGCCAGCAGGCUGCAUGAACUCUUUUUGUACUCUACUGAGAAUUUUCCACAAUGCAAACAUUUAUUUAAUUUAAAAAAAAAAAAAAAAGGCAUGUGCCACUUACAACAGUGAAGAAGAUCUCGCGGUCCCACGAGUGAGGAGACUCUGACCCUUAGUUCACCUUGUUGCCAAGGUUUUUUGGGGUUUAAAAAGUAGCUGCACAUCUUGUGUUUUCAUCAAAAAAAUUCAGGCAAGGACAAGAUAAGAGAAGUCAUUUUCCUCUUCCAUUUAUCUUUUUCUUUUAAAUGUAUGGGUUUCCCACACUUUAGCUUCCUUGUGACUGCAAUGUCAUUAUAAUUGGCACUUAGUAAUUUAAAAACAAGCAAAACUUAACUGAGAACAAUUUCUUAAAUGUACUUUUCUGACUGAUUGAAGGAUGUUGCUUGGAGAAAUGAGCAGGGUUUUUACUGUGUCCCCAUCCCUCCCCUACACACGUACCCAUCUCCACAGCAGUAAUAUACCCAUAUUAGCGGCGUUUAUUUAAAAGACCAACUUUCUUUGUGCUCUUAAUUAAGAACCUAUGACAACUGGGGGACACCAGAAAGGUUUCAGUGAGAACACUUCUGCGAUUCAUUUUUCCUUAGCUGAUCUGUAGCGGCGGUUCUCCCUGGGAAGCACUGCGGUACACGCGCGACUGUCACUGGACCGUGCCCUGAUCACCUCACAGGGAAGGAUCCCCAACAGCGACCAGCGAACUUUGCUCUCAGGUUCUGAUGGACUUCUACCACCAAGGAAUCACUUGGUCUUUUGGGGAAAAAGAACUAAACUUGCAAUUUUUCGCUCAGGCAGAACUUUCUGGCAUUUACUUUACGUAGGGAAUUUUUGCUUUUGUUUUGUUUGGUCGUGAACGACCAAAGUUAAUCUGUGUCAAGAGCAGGAUCUCUGUGAAAUUUACUUUGACUCAUUUGUAAUGCCUUAUUUUCUUUAUAUUUUUAUGCCUAGCAUUCACGUUUCUAAGAAUAAGUGUCCAGCCACACACAGCACAUUUGGAGGAGAUGCUCUUUUCUGUCUUCGAGGUCUGAAGUAUGAAUGGAAAUCGAGAGAUAAAGACGUCAGGUUACUGUAACAGCAACUGUCUGUAUGUGAAUUACUAUGCUUAUCUCUAGCAUCCACAGCUCUGGGACAAUCCUGUCAAGGGGAAUGUGCUUAGCAGCAUAAACUGUAUAUUGAGCAACUCAACUGGAAUUUUGGUGUGCACUGUGAUUGACACUUAAAACUUACAGCAAGCAAUAUGGCAGCGUGAAGAACUUUUCCUCUUCCACCUGACCUGGGCCUGUCCAGCCAGCAGGACAUGCACACACAUGCGCACACAUAGGAGAGAGAACACAAAAAGGAAAUUCUAGCUCGUCUGCUUCACUCUGUGAACGUACCAGGCUGAGAGGACAUUGCCGUUGAGCGUUUUGGUACCGUUCGUUGCAGGAGAGGUGGGAGAGAAAAACUGGAAAUAGCAACACCACCCUGCAAAACCAGUGGGCAUCUUGUAGAAGAGACCAACAUAGUGUGGACAAAUAAGACACAGUGGUUUGCUUGGGGAGGUAUCACUGUUGAUUCAUAUCUUCAUAUUCAGAAGAAAUAUUAGCUCUUCCAUGGAAAUUCUUUCAUGACUUUUAUGUAAUGUAUGUGUCAAAUAUAAAGACAAGAAGUGUUUGAUAACUGGAAUAACGUAUGUCUGUUUGAUAGUGCUUUGUAUGAACAAAGAGUUCUUGUUCAUCAAAUGUUGGAUUGAAAUAAUCCAAAGCAAAACUUUUAAAAUAAAAUACAAUUUUAGGUGAUCAAUCUUAACAGUUUCUGAAGCUCUAACCUUUUAUGUUUUAUUUCCCUUGUUGGGAAUUGAGCAGUGUGCUUUAAUGAUUGCUAAAUUUCUGCCUUUCUAGGGUAAUCCAAAGGCUCACAGUUGAUAAAUUGUAAAUUCGUUCUUCAUGUCAAAGCAAUGGGACGUGAGUGAGCUUUUCUCAUUUUAUCUGUACUGGAUAUUUUGUUGCAAUGAAAAUGAUUAAAUAAUUAGAGUGCACUGUGACAGCAGGAAGAAACACGUUGUAUAUGUAUGUAUUUUGAUACCUGUUUAAAAGGAGUCUUUGGGUUUCCUGUGAUGAAUACCUCAUAUGUUUGAUUUUGGGGGGUUUUGUUGGAUUUUUUUUUUUUAAGGCAAGAUUGUUCUUGCACAAAAGUAGGUUAAGAUAACCAAGUUCUCAUAAAUUUCUUUACAGAAUCAAAACACUUCAGAGUUUGGCAAGAAAUUCCAUCUGUUACAAUUCUCACCUUGCACUGGGUGUAGGGCGAGCAGUCGCUCGGCUGUUGGCACGUUUGGGAUCCCUCCAGCGAUGUUAAGACAGAAGAGGUCACUGCAGAUGGAGUUUGCUGCCUCAUUUCUUUUCCUAUGUGUGUCAGAACCUCAAAUUCAGUGAACGUUGUAUAGGUUUUGGGUUUCGUUAAGCGUUUGAGAGAGUUUCUUCAAGAGAAAUAAAUGUCUCUAGUUAGCACUUCAGAUCCUUUGCAUGCAUUUCCCUGGUGGACUGGAAUGCUCCGUCGCUUCAUGAGGUGUGUGCGGAAGGGAUACCCAAGGUCGAUGAUGUUCUCAGCUGGGCCCAGCUUUCUCAUAAUGAUGGGAAAAUGCCCAUCGAGGCGAUGUGUCUGAUGGGCUUGGUGAGAUGCCGACCUCCCUGGUCCCUGUGCAGCACAGCAGCAGGCCUGUGCCUUGCGGGAGGCAGCGCUGAGGCUUGUGUUAAUUCAGUGGACCAGGUUAUUGGGGUGCCCAAGCUUGGCAGGAUCAAGCCCGAGGUGUACAGGAGUGUGCUGCAAAGCGCAAAUGCAUUUACUCGCCCACAAGCUAGGAAAAUUGAUUUUUUUUAAAAAAAGCUAAAAAGAAAACGGAAGCAUUUGGGCACUCCCAUCACUAAUGAGGCUGUACAGAACAGGCAAAAUGAGCUUAACAAGCUGGGGAUUUAUUUAUUUUGAAAUUUUUAGUUUUCACAAAAAUAUUAAGCCUUUUUGUGGGCUUAUCUCUGGCAUUGGCGAACAUCCCACAACCGCCAUUACCAACGUGAAGCUGUUCUGUAGUGGACUGGUAGCACCAGAGGCCUUCACAGAGGGGAGCGAUGCUCCCUCGUGCCGAAACGUUCCCUGCAGAACGUUCCCGACCUGCAGGCCUGAGGAAAUGUUGAGCACUUACUGGCGGGCUGGACUGAACUUUUGGGUUUGAGUUUACACGUCACUUUCUAAGAAUCCUCUCUCUGGAUCAGCUUUUCUGCUCGUCUCUUAUGUGUGCAACAACCCGGUACUUGAAACGAAUACUUGACCUGCUGCCCUGCGCCCGCACAAGGCCCGAGGUGAGGCGCCGGGAGGCAGAGCGAGCGCUUUCCAGGCUUGGCUCUCGGAGUCUAUUUUGGUGGACAAAGAGAUGCCAAAGCAGCAGUUCAAGGCCUGGAAAAUGUAAGAUUUUUUUUUCUGUUCUAUUUUGUGCUUCCUAUAACGUAGUUAGAGACGAGAAUGUCAUUUUUCGAAUAUGGGCCAAAAAGAGGCGAAGGCGGAGAGGGAGGGCAGCUCCUGACUGCGCUAAUACUUGAUAUACCACGCUUCGUACAGGGUAAAUAUUGAGCAGUUUGCAGUGGGAAUAAUAGACGGACCCUUCAUUUUAAAGGCACUGUUGUAACUUUACUUUUGAAGUGGACUUCACCAGCCUUUCUCUCCAGGCAGAGCCCUGUAAUUCGAAUAAAUGAAGUCCGAUGGAACUGGACUCGUGAGUGUGCCAAACUGCUGGAGCAAUACUUGUAAGCGGCAGGUUCUUUACAAGACCAGCUCUAUGUAGCCAAAAUAGGGCAAUCAUUGAAACCACCUCUGAUGCAUUUUCAAGAAUAGCAGCGAUGUCAUGGUUCUACUGUAAUGUAAGAAAGUUCGAUUGCAAAGUCUGGAAACCUUGUUCUUUGUUGGUCUGAAACCUCAGUCCUGCAAUAGUGGGCUCAGGCUCGUGUGGUGCAUUGGCUUUUUGGUUUUUAUUAACAGCAGUUGUUUGGUGGGAUGGAAUGUUCUUGCUAAAACAGUUUCCAUUGUUUCAUGUCUUCUACACCAAUAUAUAUAUGGUGUAUAUAUUAAACUGUGUAAAAUUGUACUUUGUAUAUAUAACUGUACAAUAUGGAGGUACAUCCUUUUUUUUUUCUUUUUGGUACAGUAUUGUACAGUAUUAGGAGUAUACGUGUUGGAAAUGUUAAAUCCAUACUGGGGCUACAAAAUGUAUCCAUUGUCAUUAGCAAUAGUUUUGGAGAAAUAAAUGUUUUGGGUAUGGUGGAAAUAC